AUGCGCUCUCCUAUCCAUAAAUUAAAUGACAACGUCAACGACCCUGUGUUUCCAGACGGCUACGGAGAAUUAAGCAAGGGCGAUUCGGAUGCGUCUUGGACUGAAGACGAGGAAACAGAGAAAAAAGGGAAGAGUGCGAAACACAAACCAUUUUUUGGCCGUGCGAAGGCAAGCAAAGCUGCCGCUGAGGCGGAUACUGGCAAGUCAGAUACAGCAAAAGAUAGCACCCCGGUCCUCAACAAGGACGCUCCGAAAGUCGAGCCGCCGAAGAGCUCUGAAACAACUAAGGCGGAAGAGAAAAAGGUGGAACCAAAAAAACCUGAAGACACCAGAGGAGAUCAGGCCAAGGCGAAGGCUCAAUCCACUAGGGCUACAUCAAAAGAAAUACUGUAUGGAGACUCGGCAGCAGGCAUACUUUCACCUCCGGAUUUCUUUUUCAGCAGCAUUGUUCAUGAUGGCAAAGUUUUUCAAGCUCGGACGGAACAUCUGGUUGUACAACUUGAAAACACUAUCUACAUAUGGGGAGGCAGAGAGGCUGAAACCGUGUACGACGACCUUAUCAGCUUCGAUCCGCCGUCCAACACGUUCAGCACCAUCGCCGUAGACGGCUCCAAGCCAUCUGAUCGCAGGGGCGCGUCUCUUGUUGCUCGGGUUCGAGACGAUGGCCACGGCAUCUUGACUUUGUGGGGCGGCGAGGAAAAGGACGAGUUGACAAAUAAAGCGUGGAACUUCGAUACGGCAACGAACUCGUGGUCAGCAAUGACCGCCCGAUCCACACCCAGCCCUCGCAAGGGCCAUUCGAUGUGUGCUGAUAAUGACGCCCUGUACCUCUUUGGGGGCGUAGACGCAAAAGGCGUGAAAGACGAUGGAUACGUUCUCAAAAAAGACAUAUGGACAAGGUUGAAAGGCGAUAAGGUGCCGCCAGCGCGUUGUUUCCAUACCGGCACUCUUGUCAAGACGGAGAAGGUGAAUGCGAUGAUUGUCUUCGGUGGUGAUCUGUCCGGUGGUGGACGCCCAACAAACGAUCUUUGGCGAUACGACCUUCGAGAUGAGGAGUGGCGACACAUCGACAACGCCAGCGGCGAGACACCCGUUCCUCGUUUCAAGCACGCUUCCGCCUUCUAUGAAGGCCGCGUCUGGAUCUGCGGAGGUCAGACGGCGGGAUGGUUCACUAUCUAUGCAGUAUCCGAUUUCUUCGCCUACGACGUCUCUGGCAAUUACUGGUUCAAGUGUGACGUGGCGGCCAAACAGCUGGGCUACCACUCAAGCUUUGGCCCUCUCGCUCUGUUUCCCCAGACGAAGGCGCUCUAUAUCUUUGGAGGAAGCAGCUCGUACGUCCUGGACGUGAGGCGCGAUGUGACAGAAACUGCUUUGGAGGUGAAGCAGGUGCGCGAGGAAGUGGAGAAAUCUGCAGAUACCGCAAAGAAGGUUAUGGAAUUUGUGGGAAAAUUGGAAAAGAACAUGAGUGCGACUUCGGGUAAAGUGUCGGACCUUUCUCGCAGUGUGGGCGAUUUCCAGAAGGAGAUUAGUACCAUGGUUGCAAACAGCUCUUCUUGCAUGGAGAGCGUAGAACAAGUUCGAAAAAAGCUGGACAGCAUCGAGGUGAAAUUCGUUGCCUUCGCUCAGCUGGAGAGGAGGUGUGAGUUGAUCGAGUCGAGCAUCACAGAGCUCCUCAGGAAACUAGAUGAAAAGGCGGACAGGUCUUCUUUGAGAAAGAUCGCUGAUCAUGUACAGAUUUCAGACUCCGAGGAAGAUUCUGAAUAA